AAGGGGUACAACGGAAGUUGAAUAGAAUAGCUCACCAGAGUACAUAUCCUACUCCAGAUCCUACUGCAUCAGCCCUGUUUAACCUACAAUCAGUCAGCACGUCAAUCUGGGUGUGGUGUUCUGUGUUGUACUGUUGUCUGGGUGGACACCAGAGUACCACUCCAAAGGGGAGCUCUUAGCGUGUAGUCUGAUUCCCUUCAAACACUGUGGCUACUACUGUUGUGGACAGAGUCUUCAGUGAAGAGGGAAGGAAAGGAGAGUCUGGAGAAUUGGAAGGGGAGGACUGCUAAAGUCUACUGCAGGGAAGGAUUGUUUUUUAGUGAGAGAAGGAAGGAGGAGAAGCGUCACGGUCGGUUGUGGAGGAGAGAACCAGACCAACUGUCUGUUACUGUGGCUGCUGCUGACAGACUGUCUUCAGGGAAGAGAGAAGGUAACAAAGCUGGAGAGCUGGAUGAGGUCUGCUACAGUCUAGUUGGAGAAAAAGCUAGAGGGUUCUGAACAGAAGACAGGGAUCUGAACAGAAGACAGGGUUCUGAACAGAAGACAGGGAUCUGAACAGAAGACAGGGAUCUGAACAGAAGACAGGGAUCUGAACAGAAGACAGGGAUCUGAACAGAAGACAGGGAUCUGAACAGAAGACAGGGAUCUGAACAGAAGACAGGGAUCUGAACAGAAGACAGGGAUCUGAACAGAAGACAGGGAUCUGAACAGAAGACAGGGAUCUGAACAGAAAAGGAGAAGAUGAGACUGCUGAUGGAGUUUUUAUUAAAGCUAAAUGAUAGAGCUCAUGAAUGUGUUGCAAAAAAUACUGGUAACUCACUGCAUGACUAAGUACCACUUCUGGUUAUUUUUUCCAUGUUGAUGUUUCAUCCUCACAAAACAUUUUGGUGGCAUAUGGUAUCGCCAUCAACACCUUCAGCUUUCGGAGGUCUUUUCAAAGAAUAUAACUACUCAAACUUUCAUCAGCUAUCGGAGGACUUUUCAAAGAAUAUAACUACUCAAACUUCCAUCAGCUUUUACAGUGGCUACAAAAAAAGAGGAAAAUCAGAAUGUGUUUCUGGAGGUGUAUGGAUGUACUGUUUCCCAUCAGCACUGAAUGGCCACAUUGUGUUGGACUAACACAGCAUUACCUGGAUUAGAGACAGAUUCAAGUACAUUAAAGUGAACGGUGUGUGGGGGGGGGAGAUCACUGGAUCUGCUUUGGAACGGAAUCAUAUUAGAUGUUAUGAUUUAUUUUUGGAUGAUUUAAACCUGGAUAAAGAUCUCAAACAUGGAUGGAGUAAACAUGAAUGCUAACGACAACACUGCUGCUGCUCAGGGGAAGGCCUCUUCCAACUCCACCAACUCCGACCGCUCCGACCGCUCCGACCGCUCCGACCGCUCCGAGUUCCAGCGGCCUGAUGUCGAGACGCCGGUCCUGAAGUUCUUCCGGACUCUCUCUGAAGAGACAGACACUUCUCCCGGGAACGUCAACAGCAGUCAUGGAACAUCUGUUGAAGUCAAUGGAACUGAGAGGACAGCAGGGGAUUCAAGUGCAGUAGGUGUGGUGCAGAAGAAUGGAGAAUCCACCACCCCCACCACAGUUGUACGGACCAAUGAGAGAGAGGAAGUAUUUGGAACAGAGGGCUGCAUGGAAUUGGAGUCUGUCGAUGGGAUGCCACCAGGGACUAGCUGUUCUGUGGAUUGUGACAGGAAUGGAGGUCUGGCUCAAUGGAUUCCAGAAGCACAGAGUGACAUCAUGGACUUAGAGGAGGAAGAUGCAAAUGGUAAAUGUCUUGUCCAGUCAAAGGAUUACAUCGCAGAUAAGAAGACCCAUUUACAAGGAUAUGGUGGGUCAACAGACCAAUCGGAUGGCUGCAUUCCAGAAAGGACAUCUCACUUACAAGGAUAUGUGGGGCCAAUGGAUUCUAUAAAAAAUGAACUGAGAGUGUCCAUAGACAAACAUAGGAACAGUGGAGCAUCAGAAGACUGCAGUAGGGAGGAGCCUAUAAACACAGACACACAGUGUGCUACAGGCAGCACCAAUCAGGACGUAGACACUGACUGUCCCAGUACAGACCAGUCAGAGACAACUGACCAGCAACGUCUGUACAGAUCCACAGACAAAAUUCAUCAAGAUAUGUUAAAAAGUAAUGAAAUCACUAACACUGAUGACAAAUACAAUGCAAAGGAUGUUCGCAACAACACAGAUGAAUCUACAGACAAUCACAACAUACUGACCUGGUUAACAGACAGUGAAACCAAUCCAGCAAGCAGCAGUACACAGGAAACAUGUACAGAUGAUAAGCAAAUCCAAGACUUACCGACACCUGAAGAUGAUUUGACCAGAGACCUUGCUAACCCUACUGCAGUAAGAGCUGGUAAACCUCAAGACUUACCAGCACCUGAUGAUGAUUUGACCAGAGACCUUGCUAACCCUAAUGCAGUAAGAGCUGGUAAACCUCAAGACUUACCAACACCUGAUGAUGAUUUGACCAGAGACCUUGCUAACCCUAAUGCAGUAAGAGCUGGUAAACCUCAAGACUUACCGACACCUGAAGAUGAUUUGACCAGAGACCUUGCUAACCCUAAUGCAGUAAGAGCUGGUAAACCUGACACCAGUGGAACACCAUCUUCCAACAACACAACUGUGAUUCUAACCAUGAUCAAGUCUGAACCUGUUUCUGAGGAGCAGCAGCAUACAGUCGCUGAAACGGAGACUGUUGUUGGUACUACAGGACAGACUGAGGAGCCAGGUUGUGGGUCUAGCAUUGAGGUGAAGGUGAGAGGGGAGACCUACCCACACUCAGAUUCAGAAAGUAUCACUGGGGCAGUAUUGGAGACAGGUGAGGCCAAUACUGGGAAUGCCAGGGUGGUGUCUUGUCCCUCUGAAACUAUGCUGUCCUCUGAAGUGAUAGAGAGAGCACCUGCAGAGGCAAAGUCUAUAGCCGGGCCUUCUCACCCAACAAGUCCCCAGGGGCCAACCUCAACCCCAGGUCCAACCAGUGGCCCUCCCCGUGGCACCACCUCCAUCCGAGCCACCUUCUCCCUCGGUUCCCCGGUGGAGAAGCCCCUUCAGCUGCCUGCCCUCUUCAGUGGUCUGAGGACCCUAAAGAAGGGAGCGGCAGGGUCGGAUCAGGACAUAGUGGCCCUGAUCAAACCCCCAUCACCAUCAGACCUGGGUGUGAACAAGCCUGUGAGGAGAGAGCAGAAGACGGUUCGCAGGAGGCAGGGGACUUUCUUGGACCAGCUCUCCCAGUUCCUGAACAUGGAGAAGGAUGAUAACAGUAAGAUGAAGGAGUCUACAGGAGAGGAGAUGAGGGAGUCUACAGGAGAGGAGAUGAGGGAGUCUACAGGAGAGGAGAGGAAGGAGUCUGAGCCGUCAGAAGAGUCUAAAGAAUUCAGCGAUGAACCUGAGGAAGCGAGGGAGGUGAAAGAGAAGACAGAGAAGGAUACAGAGACAGAAAAGACAGACCAGGAUACAGAGAAAGAGAAGACUGAAGGACUGUCUGUGAUAAAGCCUCCGGAAUCUUCAGAACCUUCUGAGACUCUAGAACCUAAGGAACCUCAGAAGCCUCCCUCCAGGGCGGAAGUGGCAUUUGAUGAGUUCAAGGCCUUUUUCGUCCCCAGGCCCCUGAGGCGGGAACAGGAUGCAGUGAAGCGGAAGGCCUGGAUCUUUGAGAGAACCUUCAAGACUCCUGAAAAGAAAACUGAUUCAAAAUUGCGGGUGUCGACCCCAGGUGAUGGAGAGGACCGGUCCACCCCAGGUCGUCUGCAGGCCAUCUGGCCCCCAACUAAGGAGGAGAAAGUGGGACUGAAAUACACAGAAGCCGAACACCAGGCAGCCCUCCUGCAGCUGAAGAGAGAAUGCAACGAGGAGAUGGAGAAGAUACAGGAGGACUUUGGAAAGCAGCUGCGCCAGGUGAGAGGGGACAAUGAGGAGCGUAUAUUCCACCUGGAGUGCAACCUGGCCCGGCUACAGAGCGACCUGGCAUUGAGUGCACACCACCGUCGUGGAGACCUCCGAGACGUUGCCGUAUCCACGGGAGAUGACCUCUCACAACGGACCGUCCACAACGUGUGCAUCCAGACGGACCAUCAAACCCUUAUCAGAACCCCUGAGGAUGAGGAGGGAGGUGUCAGGCUGGGCCCCCAACCCCCCCUCAAUGUGCCUAAGAGACUGGGCCUGGCUUCUAUCAGUCUAAAUCUGUCUGGACAGGCUACCUCUCCCUCUUCUCCCUCUUCUUCCCCCCUUCUCCCUCCUCCACCUCCUCCUCCUCCUUUCCCAAAACAGACCCAGGGACUUGACGGCCCUCCACCGCCACCAGGCUGUGUUCCCCCUCCCCCUCCAGGUGUGUUGGUGGAUAAACCCCACAGGAAGCCUGCUGUGGAACCAGCCUGUCUCAUGAAGCCUCUCUACUGGACCAGGAUACAGAUACAGGACAAUAAGGACACACUGUGGAACUCUCUUGUGGAACCAGACAUCAUCAACACCACAGAGUUUGAAGAUCUGUUCUCCAAGAGCACCUUGCAGACCAAGAAAAAACCUCUGUCAGAGGCCUAUGAGAAGAAAGCCAAGGCCAAGAAGGUCAUCAAGCUGCUGGAUGGUAAGCGUUCCCAGGCUGUAGGGAUACUCAUCUCUAGUCUGCACCUGGAGAUGAAUGACAUACAGCAAGCUGUGCUGACGGUGGACAACUCCAUCGUGGACAUGGAAACCAUCCAGGCCUUAUAUGAAAACAGAGCCCAGCCCGAUGAGCUGCAGCAGAUAACGAGACACUACCACACUUCAGAGGAGGAACGGAUCAAGUUGCUGGACAAACCUGAACAGUUCCUCUAUGAGUUAUCUCAGAUACCAGACUUCCCAGGCAGAGCUUCAUGUAUCAUCUUCCAGUCUGUCUUCAUAGACGCCAUCGCCUCCGUACAGCGGAAGGUUGACAUCGUCUCUCGCGUCUGCAAGGAUCUGUUGGAGACCUCCAGUGUGAGGGAAGUAAUGGGUCUGGUUCUAGCUCUGGGGAACCACAUGAACGGGGGCAACAGGACCAGAGGACAGGCUGACGGCUUCGGGCUGGAGAUCCUGCCCAAACUGAAAGAUGUCAAGAGCAGGGACAAUCGAAUCAGUCUGGGCGACUAUGUGGUAUCAUACUAUCUCCGCAAUCUGGAUGAGAACGCUGGGACAGAGAGAAGUGUCUUCCCUCUCCCCGAGCCUCAGGAUGUGUUUCUGUCAGCCCAGGUCAAGUUUGAAGACAUCACCAAGGAGCUGAGGCAGCUGAGACGGGACCUGACAGUGUGUGAGAAAGGUGUUCAGAAGGUGUGUUCCAGCUCUACAGACGAGCACCUCCAGCCGUUUAAGGACAAGAUGGAGGCGUUCGUUCUGAUUGCGCAUAAAGAACAUGAUGACGUGCAUGCCCAGUUGAUGUUUGCACAAAAAAGCUUCCACGAGCUGGUGACGUUCUUAGGGCUGAAGCCCAAGACAGGAGAGACCGAGGUGGCGACAGGUCACUUCUUCAUGCUGUGGUUUGAGUUCUGUACCGACUUCAUGACCAGGUGGAGGAGAGAGAACAAGAAUAUCUCCAAAGAGAGACUGAAAGAGGCUCAGCUGUCGGUGAAGAAGAUUACAGCAGACAAGAAGGUGGAAACUAGAAAGAUCAACCCUAACAGUCUGAAAGAGAGACUGCGCCAGAAAGAAGCCAACAUGGUGGCCACAAGCUGAGAGACAGAACAGAGAAGAACAGGACAGAGAAGAGAAGACAUUAAUGAGAAGAGUAAUGGGUUGAUGUGUGAGAGGACUGGGGACUCCUCCCACCUUCUCCCGUCACCGCCCCUUAGCCACCCACACAGGACUG